CUAACACGUCGCGCUCAGUGGGUUUGGCGUGGUGACAUAUUAUUAUAUCGCUCGACUAUUCGUAAUGUCAAUGUUAUUGAAAAAGGCACUGAAUUACAGUAAUAAUACAAGUUUAUAUACAUCCCACUGCUGGGCACAGACAUCUUCCCAUAUGUAUAGGAAAGAUGAUAACAUAUAUUUGGAAUCCAGGUUUCCUCACGAUGUUUUCCUUCACCGUUUGUCAGUGGAGUCUUACAAUAAUUAAGAAGGAAAUUAUCGUGGUGGUCUUGCGGUUGUUUCUAUGACUUUGCGUUCAUGGGGUGCAGGUUCGAUCCCCACACAGGCCUAGUAACUGUGAUGUAAGUGGAUAGAUUAUAAUUAUCUGUAGACAAGUCGUCCGUGUUUACAGGUUGCGGAGCAACCGCGGUUGUCUUGUCUCUCAAUAAAUGUCGUAAUAUCCACAACGUCUUUUGCUUUAUUCCCGUUCCCGAUAGUUCCCGAGGUUCGGAGACUUCACAGUGGCGACGAAAAAAAAAGCGACUUCACGCGUAUAUAUAUAUUUUAGUCUUGAGGGGAAUGCUACAAAAGCGCAGUGGUCAAUUUGAAUCUUGCCGAACUGGUCUGUGUGUGGCGUCCGUUGGAAAUGGCGGUCGGUAAAAUCGGCCCAUUUGAUGUGUCGAAAGACAAUUGGGACACGUACGUGGAUCGUCUGGAUCAGUACUUUAUUGCCAAUAAUGUGAAAAGUGAGUUAAAAAUUGCGACAUUAAUUACGGUUGUCGGCAAUAGUGCAUAUGAGUUAAUGGUGAAUUUAUGCACACCAGUGAAACCAGCCACAAAAACCUAUGACGAACUGGUAGCGGUGAUGAAAGGACACUUAAAUCCUAAGCCGAGCAUGCUCACUGAAAGAUUCAAAUUUCGUCAACGGAUUCAGAAACCAGGUGAAAAUGUAGCAACUUACUUCUCGGAACUCAAGAGAUUAAGCAAAGAUUGUUCUUUUACGGCGGAAAGUUUGAAGGAAAAUAUGAGGGACCAGUUUGUGUGUGGAUUAGUAAACGACGACAUCCGGCAAAAGUUGUUCACCGAAGAAGAUGGCAUCAGUAUCGACAAAGCGUACAGGUUGGCCUUAGCUAUGGAGGCGGCGGAGACGAACGCGGCGUUAGUGGAAGACGGUACGAGAAGAGGGAUCGGCGGCAGUGCAGCGGAGACGGCAUCUGUAACCGUGCAUAAAGUCGGGCAGGACGGCGGUAACGGAAAGCGCGGAGCGUUUAGAGGUGGCGGUGGCGGCUAUCGGCCGGCCGCAGGGCGGAACACUCGCUCGGCGCAUAACUCUCGGCGAUCAGGCAGCGGCGGUCCAACUAUUGCAAGCGGAGCUGAUUACAACUUGCCUCAAGCGGGCACUCAAAAGGAGGCAUGCAAUGUUUGCGGAGGCAAGCACGACGUGGACACAUGUAAAUUCAAAAAAUAUGUGUGUCGAGUUUGCAUGCAGGAGGGGCAUUUAAGGAGGAUGUGCCCAAAGCUGGGCAAGAAUAAUUUCGUGUACAAUUGGAGAGAGGGCGGUGUCUACAAGUCUUCGGAUAGCGAAAGUGACGAGUUCCAGAUACUGUGAGGUGUUUGCAGAUGGUUUGGGACGAUUCACGGGGGGUCGAGUCAGCAUCCACGUUCGAGAGGG